ACUUUAAACACGUGUUUAAAUCACGAUGCUAGAUGUAUUUAUAACUUGUUAGGUGUUUUAAGGAACUGAGGGUGUUCGGCAGUAAUAUGUUCAAACUAAAUAAGAUUCCUUGUUUUGCUAAAAGCUCUGUAAACGAGUACUGUGAGGGAAAUUAUUAAUUCAUAAAAUAUGUCAAUAUUUUUAUCAAUUAAUUUAAUAAACUUACAAGCCGGUCCUGAACGACAUAGCAAGUUAAAAACCCAGGAAACAGUCUGAUAGGCUGCACUGACCUCUACUGGAGAAAAGGUGUCACUGCGGCAAAUUUGUAAGUAGCGACGCAAGAUCAUCAAAUUUUACUCCGAAUACAAAAGACAUUAAACUGACACUGACAAUAUCAAUGAAUCCCAAUCAUAAACACUACAUUUUUCGGACUCGUUAGCUCAACAUACAACGCAGGGGUUUUGCCCAGACUUAGCUCAAUUAACCUCUCACCUUUCCCACCAGUUUUUGUGUUUUUUUUGUGACUGGUGUGCUUUUCCAUCAUCCUGUGUAGCAACAAGAAGCGCCUCUUCCAUUGGCUAAUAUGGAAUAGAGACGCUCAUUGUCAUGAUCGCCUCCAUUGUAUGCGCUGCUUUGUGCUUGUCCGGCUGAGGUUUGAGGCGGAGAGUCCCACUGUGGAACUGGAUAGCAUUUCGUAUCUAGGGCAAUGAAUGAUAAAUGAACCAUUGGUGAUAUCUGAGUGUAGUACAUGCCAUUACAAAAAACAAUGACCUAAAGAAGGGCAGGUAUAUUUGUUUCAUCAGAUUAUUAAAUGCCAUUCUUUAUUGUCAUUUCUUUUUUGUAUUAAUAUUGUAUUGUUCUGUCCCAACGUAAUUUCGACAGUAGUCUUUUGCACUUCCUGAAAGGUAUGAUUUGUAUUAUCAGCUGAUUUACUGCUUAACGUCCAUUAAAAUGCACCAAGAAAGUUGACGCCAUGAACAAGAUGGAUUUUGAACUUCGCAGCACCUGUUUACCUGAAACAAAACGUCACUCGGAAGACGGGGCGUGUCCACAAGCCAUAUCCCGCAUUGAUUUGCAUAUUAAUGACGAACACAGUCAGACAACCAACCAGAGUAGCAUAAUUAUCCUUUGGCUCCUCCUCUUUUGGAGCAGUAACAUCCUGCUUGCAUCCCUGCGUUGGGCGUGUUUCUCACCAGCAGCAGCAGUGCGUGAUAAGCCUCGCACAUCAUUUUUGUUUUCUUCUAUAGGAUAUAUAUAUAUUAUUUUCCGUUUUGUGAACGAAAUUGAAAAAGCAGCUGUUAUGGCGUGCAUUGGAUUUUCCUGUUCCAAGAAUUGCCUCUGCGCCUUAAACAUCCUCUAUGUUAUGGUGAGCCUGCUGAUGAUUGGCAUUGCCGCCUGGGGCAAAUGGUUCGGCCUGGUCUCCAGCUUCCGGGUGGUGGGCGGGGUCAUUGGCGUGGGGGUCUUCCUCUUCUUUGUGGCACUGGUGGGGCUCAUCGGGGCCGUCAAGCACCAUCAAGUGCUGCUCUUCUUUUACAUGAUCGUCCUCUUCAUUGUGUUCGUGGUGCAGUUCUCUGUGUCCUGCGCCUCUCUGGCCAUCACUGAGCCCCAGCAGGAAGAGCUGCUGGAGGUUGGCUGGAACAACUCUGUGAACACGCAAAGGGACGUGGAGAAGAGCCUGGACUGCUGCGGAUUCUCCGCCGUCAACUACAGUGGCGUCUGUGGCGCGGCCUGCUUCCCGAACCACACGUGCGACUUCUGUAAGGCCAAGAUUCAGAAGCAUGCUGGUGAGGUGCUGCAGUUCGUGGGAGGAGUGGGGCUCUUCUUCAGCUUCACCGAGAUUCUGGGAGUGUGGCUGACCUACAGGUAUCGGAACCAGAAGGAUCCCCGUGCAAAUCCAAGCGCUUUCUUGUAACUUUGUGUGUUUGGGUUUAUAUGGGGUUUAAUCGCUGCACUAUUUGAACUUUUUUGAAUGUUUUUUCUUUAUUUGUAAAUGAAGUCUGUCUGCUGGACUUCAUUUGGGAGGCAUCACGCUCGUUUGUGCCGCUGACCCGUCUCGUGCCCGAGUAGCGCAUUUCAGUUUGAGUGGCUUGUGACGUGUGCUCCAGCGCCCCCUACAGGACACUCUGGAACCUCCGAGAUAACGAAAUGCGUCACUGCAGACAACUGGAUAGGACGCUUGGAUGCCGCCUUUUGAAAAGCAUGGCCAUGAGUGCAAAGAACUACGCCAAUUAUUAUCAGACAUCCCGUAGAGUUCAUUCUGGGGGUAACAGCUAAACACUGCUAAUCAGGAAUGCUGUGGUAGUGUAGCAUAGUGUUGAAAGUGCAUGCCUGACUGGUUAUUUUUCACUAUGUUCGUAGGGUGUAUCUUAAGAAGUGCAAUAAAUGAAGAAGGCUCUGCUGUGUAUAUGCAUACUGUGCAAACUGUUGCCCGUGCUCAGUGGGUUUUGACUCGCACUUCUGCAUUUUGUGUCUUUGCACACAUUAGUAUGUAUUAACAUUCUCUUUUAAACCCAGUGUCACUCCAUGUUAGUGCAUUAGCUGAUGAAUUUAGUUUUGUUGAUUUAGAUCGUAACUCAGUUCUCAAAUAAAGAAAAAAAAGGAAUCUAGGUUAAUUAGGAAGUAGUGGCUAGUCUGGCUGUGUUUGUAGUUGCUAUAUUGACCUGAUAAUCCAUUAUUUGCUGCUCAGUAUUUGUGCGAGUGAGUUAUGGUGUGUGUGUGUGUGUGUGCGUGCGUGUGUGUGUGUGCGUGUACAGCCCUGCCUCAGUCUCUGAAGAGCGACAUCUGUUCGCUUCAUUCUUGCAUGAGUCCUUUUAUCUUGAUGGUUCUGUGAACUACGUACCUUUAAACUUUGUAAACUGCAAUUAAAAAGUACAAGGAUUUGAUGCACCGUGA